AUCCGGCGUGAGCGCGCACACGGGCGUGAGUCAGUGCGGAAACUCCGAGCCGCCUUCGCGCGCGUGGCAGGAUCAAAGUCUUGCGUGGACGUGAAACGCUCGGGAGCGCUUGGCGUCUGUGCGCGUGCGUGUACGAGUCCACGCAACUUGAAAGGAGAGGACGCGCGCGGACACGCCGCCUCGCCUGUCCCCUGCGUGGGGCUUCCGGAGCAAGUGCGAAAGUCCGCCACGCGCGAAGAACUGGACUUGGGCCCACUCGGGCUGCUUUUGUUUCCGCGAUGACGUCAGUGUGGAAGAGACUCCAGCGGGUGGGCAAAAAAGCUUCCAAGUUUCAGUUUGUUGCUUCCUACCAGGAGUUGCUGCUCGAAUGCAAAGAAAAAUGGCAACCCGACAAGUUGCGCGUGGUCUGGACCAGGAGGAACCGGCGCAUGUGCUCCAAGUUGCACAGUUGGCAGCCCGGAAUCAAGAACCCGUACAGAGGCACGGUUCUCUGGCCCGUCCCGGAGAACGUGGACAUCUCGGUGACGCUGUUCAAGGAAACGGGCGCUGACGCGUUUGAGGACAAAGAGUGGACCUUCGUCGUCGAGGGCGAGUGCAAAGGCCACCGUAAGGUUCUGGCGUCCGCCGCCAUCAACCUGAGGGAUUACGCCAGCGCGACGCCGACGCAGACGGACAUCAGGCUCCCGCUCAAGCCGCUGUCUGUCAAAGUGGUGGAGGCGGAGCUUAAGCUGUCGCUGUCCUGCAUCUUUGUGCGCGAAGGAAAAGCCACCGACGAAGACAUGCAGAGCCUUGCCAGCCUGAUGAGCGUCAAACCCGACGUGGCCAACUUGGACGACUUCAACGAGAGCGACGAGGACGAUGACGGGAAGUCCGGCGGCGGCGCGGCAGCCCCGCCCCUCGCGGCCGUGCCGCUGCUGAGCCGUCCGGACCUGGACGCCCUCUGCGAGUCCGCCCCCGCGCCUUUUCGGCCCUCGCUGCCGCGAGCCUCGCCCCCUCCGCCUGCAGGGACCACAGACGAAGAGGCAGGGGCAACAUCCGUCGCCAUGGAAAUGACGCCAUGGGGAAGCCAGGAUCCCGCGCCUGCUGAUGACAUCGCAGGGUCGGGACGGCCAAUCGCAGUGCAGGGUUCCAAGGCGACUAAUCGGGAUGAGCUCGGAAGCGGAAGUCCCGGGGAACCGCAGUCCGGGGCGAGCGUAGCCCCGGCUCUUCCGUGGCCAUUCGCCCCCGAGCAGACCCGUCUCCGCGGCGACGAGGAUGCCGACAACCUCCGUCGCCGUGUGGACGUUGUCGGCGAGCCGCGCGCCGGCUUUGCGGAGCGGGGCCCGGGCGGCCUCGGGUUGCCUGCCCUGGCCGAGGAGAAGGAGGAGCAGCAGCAGCAGGAGCAGGAGGAGGAGGAGAAGAAGAAGAGGAGGAGGCGGCAGCGACAUGAGGAAGAGAAGAGAAGGCUGCUGGAGGAGGAGAAGCGGCGCCUCCUCCAGGAGCAGGAGGAGAUGAGGAAGCUGAAGGAGAGGAGGAGGUGCCAGGAGGAGGAGCUCCUGCGGCAAAAGCGAGCGCGUGAACAACGGCUGCGUUGGGAGGACGAGGAGAAGAAGAAGAAGCGGAAGGAAGCGGAGGAGGAGGAGGAGAGGAGGCGCCAGCAGGCCUGCGAGGUUGGGGUUGGACAUGUGAGGAGGAGGAGGGAGGAGGAGGAAGAAAGGAGGAAAAGGGAGGAGGAGACACGACGGAUGCUGGAACAAGAGAAGGAGGAGGAGGCGGAGAGGAGGAGGGAGGAAGAGGAGAGAAUGAGGAGGCAGAAAGAGGUGAUGGGAGAGGAGGAAAGGAAAAAGAGCAGGGACGAGGGGGAGCGGAGGUUAGGGGUGGAGGAAAGGAUGGAGGCAAAGAAAAGCGAGGAGGACGAGAGCAAGAGGAGCUCCGGGGAGGAGGAGGAAAAGAAGAAGGUCGAGGAGGCGAGCAAAGCGGAAGAAAGAAAGAAAGAGGAGGAACGGGAGAGGAAGAGGAGGGAGACGGAGAGUGGGGUGCACAGGUUGAGGGGGGAGAAUGAAAGAAUGGAGAGAAAGAAAGGCCAGGAACUGGAGGAGGUGAAAGAGAGGGAAAGACACCAAAGAGAGGAAGAGGGAGAAACACAGUGGAAGGAAAAAGACAUGCAGAGAUGGAGAGAGGAGAAGGAAAGGAUGGAGAAAAAGAAAGUGGAGCUCAAGGAAAGGGAGCGAGAGGAAGAAAGAAAGGUGGAAGACGGGGGGAGGAGGUGUGAAGAGGAGGAGAGGGUCGAGGUGGAAAAAGAGGAACAGCAAAGAUUGAGGGAGGACAAUGAGAGGAAGAAAAUGGAAGACGGGAGGUGUGGGGAGGAGGAGAGGGUGACGGUAGAAAUGGACAAAGAGAUGACAAGACUGAGGCGAGAGAACGAAGAGAAGUUGGGACGGGAAGAGCAGCCGAAGCGCGAUGCUCUCCGACUCCCUCUGCUGGACACCGGCUGCAAUGCACCCCCGAGUCCCAGCCAAUCGGGAGAGACGCGGGCAGCCAAUCAGCGUGAAACUGCCGAAGUGGACGCUCCUGCUAGGCUAAUAGUGGCAAAGUCCUCGCCGGUUGGUCCUCCUGCUGUCCCGUUAGUUGAAGAAACUAAAGAAGACGUGUCAAAGUCAGCGGACAAGAAGACAUCGGGACUUCCCGGAGAAAGUGUGCGGACGCCGACAGCUAAGGAGGAUGAGGAGCUCGUGGAACUGGGUUGCCAGGCGGCAGCAGUCGAACGGAACCUGAUGAGUUCCGAAGGCUCGCUUGAGGUCCACGCGUAUGACGUGGCAGAGACGUUCCCCUUGACUGCGUCCACCACCGAACCGGAGCAAAGACUUUCAGACAGGCCGCGGCUCAGUCUUGUCGCCGAACUGCGUCUCGCUGCCAAGGAACAGGAGGAAGUACGAGAGAAGAGGAGUGGAAGGGGACAAAGGACAGAGGAGGAGGAAGUGGAGGAGGAAGGACAGCCAGAGAGGAGAGUGAAAGAAUGGAGGGAGGAGGAAGGAGAAACAUCGAAUGGAGGGAAAGAUGAGGAGAAGGAAGGAGGCGAAGAACUUGAAAUGGAAGAGGAGCAGAGGACGAGGAGGGGGAUCCCAGGAGGACGAGAGGAAGUGAAGCACAAUAAGGACGAGGAUGGACAGCACGACCAGGAGGUCAUCAUCAGCCAAUCAGAGGUUGAACCGCCAGUCGAGGAGGCGGAGCUUAAUGCCGUUGCGUAUGAGGAGACGCGUCAAGCUGCUGCUGAUGAUGACGAUGAUAAUGAUAAAGAGCAUCGCAUAACACCCCCCAAACCAUCUGAGAUCCAAAACCUUUCUGAUCCUUGUCAUCUUGGUCAUUGGAGUCUUCCUGGUACUCUUGGUCCUCCUGUUCCUCCUGCCAGUCUUGAUCCUCAUUGUCUUCCUGGUCCUCCUGACAAUUUUAUUCAUACUGGCACCCAUGGUCCUUCUGAUCAUUUUGGUUCUCCUAGUCCUUUAAAUCAUCCAAGUCCUCCUGGGGAUCUUGGUCCUUCUCGUCCUAUUGGUCCCACUGAUCAUCUUGGUUCUCCUACUGUUCUGGGUCUUCCUAGCAAACUCAGUCCUCCCAGUCCUUCUGUUGAUUUUUGUGACCCUGCCACCCAUGGUCCUUCUGAUCAUUUUGGUUCUCCUAGUCCUUUAAAUCAUCCAGGUCCUCCUGGGGAUCUUGGUCCUUCUCGUCCUAUUGGUCCCACUGAUCAUCUUGGUUCUCCUACUGUUCUGGGUCUUCCUAGCAAACUCAGUCCUCCCAGUCCUUCUGUUUAUUUUUGUGACCCUGCCACCCAUGGUCCUUCUGGUCAAGUUGGUUCUCCGUAUCCUCCUGGGGAUCUUGGUCAUCUGAGUCCCUCUCGUCCUAUUAUUCCCCCUGAUCAUCCUGGUGCUCCUAGUCUUCUGGGUCUUCCUAGCAAUCUCAGUCCUCUCAGUCCUCCCGUUGAUUUUUGUGAUCCUGCCACCCUGGAUCCUUCUGGUCAAGUUGGUUCUCCGUAUCUUUCUGAAGAUGUUGCUCUUCUUGGUCUCCCUGGUCUUCCCGGUUCUCCCGGUCUGGACUCAGUUGCGGAUGAGGAGGCCGGUGCCGAUGCGCAGGAAUUGGAGUUUGAUCCAGGUCUCCGAGAUCUUGGCUCCAAACGGUUGGCUGGGCUCUACGUGGUGGGCCGCACUACAGGCGGACCGGCUGCACUCCGUCAGGACCACGACCAUGUCGCACAAAAUGGCGCCGCCCGCGAAGAUAAGUGCGUCGGGGUCCAGCAAACUCUGCAGGAGGAAGAGCGUCUCCUGUUGGACAGACUCCAGGUGGGGUCGCCGGACACGCCCCCCGGCACCAGGAAGGUCCUGGUUCCCGCCCCCGGCGAGAUCCAGGACGCGGAGACGGAUGACGGCCGGCCAUCGGUUGAGCGUUCACCUGGGCCGUCGGGAGACUGCGUUAACGGGAACCCGUCUUCACAAGCGGGACUAACCCGAGAGGAGGCCGACGGGAAGGACGACGGCGACAAGAGCCCGGUGACCUCCAGCCAGUCGCUGCUGCGGUGGUGUCAGGAAGUCACGGCCGGCUACGCGGGCGUCAAGGUCACCGACUUCAGCGCUUCCUGGAGGAACGGCCUGGCCUUCUGCGCCAUCCUGCAUCACUUCCACCCCGACCUCGUAGAUUUCGACCAGUUGAAAGGUCACGACAUCGAAAUGAACAACAAGAAGGCCUUCGCCGCGUUCGAGUCUCUGGGCAUCUCGCGCCUCCUGGAGCCGUCCGACCUGGUCCUGCUCUCUGUUCCGGACCGCCUCAUCGUCAUGACGUACGUCAGCCAGCUCCGGAGUCACUUCACGCGGCGGGAGCUCGGCGUGCCGCGCGACGAGAGCGACGUUGGCCCCUAUGGCCCCACCCCUGGCGCCGUUCUGGUCGCGCCGCCGAGAGCCAGGAGGCCGCUUAAAGAAGAGUCCACGCUUCCUCUUCCAGAGAAUGAGGGAGAACGCGCCGGCGGGUCUGCGGGAAGCCGACAAGAAACUGAAGACUCGACGACGCGUCUCCGCGACGCCAGUCGAUACGUGCUGAGCGAGCUGGCGGCGUUGGAGGCGGAGCAAAAGCACGUCGACGGCAGGGCGGCAGUGGUGGAGCGGCGGCUGAGGAGCCUCAUGGAAACAGGAAGUGACCGCGCCGAGGAGGAGCGUCUGAUUCAGGAGUGGUUCACGCUGGUCAACAAGAAGAACGCGUUGAUCCGAAGACAAGACCAGCUGGAACUCAUGCAGGAGGAGCAGGACCUGGAGCGCCGGUUCGAGCUGCUGACACGGGAGCUGCGCGCGGCGAUGGCCGUCGAAGACUGGCAGAAGUCGUGUGCCCAGCGCGAGCGCGAGCAGCGCCUCCUGCAGGAGUUGGUGUCGCUGGUCAACCAGCGCGACGACGUCAUCCGAAACAUGGACGCCAGGGAGCGAGGGGCGCUGGAAGAGGACGAGCGCCUGGAACGCGGCCUGGCGCAGAGGAGGCGCAAGUACGACGACAAGGACAAGUGCGUCGUGCAGUAGCGCCCGCAGCCGCUGUUUUCCUUGUCACGCCACUCUUGCUUUGUUUGUGAGUAGAUUUUAUGCUGACGUGUGUAUUUUAAAAAAAAAAAAAAAAAAGCAAAAUACAUUUGUGGAGGAGCUGGACUCAACACGGCGGCUGUCGUCCAUCUGGAGUGUCAAAAUUCCUGCUUUUAUCGUGAUUCUUUUUUUUUCUGAGGAUUUUCUUUAGUGAGACGAGAAAUGAGCGUGAGCGUCACCAAGAUCAUUUACAUCAUCUUAUCAUCUAUGAUGAUUGAUAACGCCGAAGGAAGUUGUUUUGUGUGAAUUUUGCGCAUUGGGAGUGGGCGAGCAGCAGGGGGCGCCACAGCCAAAAGUUGCCUCGGGACAACGGUUGACACGCCCACUGACACGUGCGGGCCAAAAUAUAAGUAUAAAUACAAACAAAUAAAUCAAUGACAGCGAACAAAUAAUGAUAUAAUAUAAAUAUAAUGUAAAAUAUAUCAUACAAACUCACCAAUUUAUCGGCUAAUCAUCUAAUCCGUCAUCAAAUUCAUCGAGUCAUCGUUUUUAUGCCUUUAACACAAUUGUCCAAAUUCUCUCAAUUUCACCUCCUCAACACUUAAUAUUAAGAAUGACAUUUAUGAUGGUGAUGAUGAUGAUAUUAAUAAAGCACACAGAUUUUCAACACUGACACGUGCGGUCCAAAAUAUAAGUAUGAAUACAAAUAAAUAAAUAAACAAACAAACGGACAAAUAAAUGAAUAUAUAAAUGACAACAAACGAAUAAUGAUAGAAUAUAAAUAUAAAAUAUAUCAUACAAACUCACCAAUUUAUCGGCUAAUCCGUCAUCAAAUUCAUCGAGUCAUCGUUUUUAUGCCUUCAACUCACAAUUGUCCAAAUUCUCUCAAUUUCCGCUCCUCAACACUUAAUAUUAAGAAUGACAUUUAUGAUGAUGAUGAUGAUGCUAUUAAUAAAGCACACAGAUUUUCUUUGUU